CCGCAUCUAGACAUUGAGACGGUUGAGGAUGGCCUGUCGGGCGCCACCGUCCUGGCUGGGUUCCGGCCGAGGAUGGUUGACCAGUGUCAGCUCCAAGAAUCCAUACAAGACUGAUCAAGGGAAAUACUAUGACUGGGCCAUUGUGUUGGGUGGGACAAAUGACAUCGGCAUGGGCGUUCCUCCCGAGGAGGUGUUUGAGAAACUGAAAGUGAUUUGGGACAUUGCACUCCAGCAAGGUUGCAAGGUUCUCGCACUCACGGUGCCCGAGGCGGCGUUACAUGGGCGGAUAAGAGAAAGGGUAGACGCUCAGAGGAACAAGUUGAACGAUUUGAUAAAGGGGUACAAGAGGGACGAUUUUUACGUGUUUGACCUGCACAAGGCCGUACCGUAUUAUUCCCUAUCAGAUGCAGAUAAGGCCAAGUACUGGGACGAUCACCUCCAUUUCACACCAGACGGAUACGACCUAAUCGGCAACAAGGUCGGCAUGGCGCUUGUUAGCAUUUUGGCGAGGGAGAAGACAUACCAUCUGUCUCCUGCAAAGAGGCGACGCAUAUUCAAGGAUGAUGAUAAGCUAUUUGAGGAAGAGGCGGGCGAUCCGACGGCGAUUGACCAAGGCUAUGUCGUAGUCCGACGAGCAGACCUUGACUAGGUGAUGUUAGGAUCGAAGGACUUGGGACAAAGAGUGGUGUUUGGCGCUCGGUAUAUCGGAAUAUAACUAAGGGACUGGGAUGGACUGGUGUUGGAGUAGGUUCGGUUGCUGUUAUCAUGUCUAGACCUUUUCUAUUAUUCUUCUACUUAUGCCACGACCAGCUGCCCCGUACGAUGACCGGCAUAUGUUGAUGCCACGAAUGAGUAAUUCCAUAUUCAGACACCGGGUAUCUGUCAUCUCAGGUCGCCAUAUGAGCAGCGACAAACUCUGGAAACUCCGCUUGCAGAGCAUCUGUGACCCGCUCCACAUCCUCAGCCAGCGCCUGCACAUUACUAUCCCA